AGACCAGGCUUUCCCAGGACAGUCAUUGGUUCUCUGAGACUAUAAAGCAUGCUCAUCCAGAAACAGCCUCUGGUUUUCCUUUCCCGAAGGCAGCCAGAACAGAAUGGGCACGGAGCCGUCCCCCGGGCCACCGGGCUCCGAUGCGCUGCGACGCUUCCAGGGGCUGCUGCUGGACCGGCGCGGGUUGUUGCACGGGCAGCUGCUGCGCCUGCGCGACGUGGCCCGGAGGCUGGAGCGCCGCCGCCACCGCUCCCUGGCGGCGCACGUGGCGGGCAGCUCGCUGAGCGCGGCGGGCGCGGUGGCCGCCAUCGUGGGGCUGUCGCUCAGCCCGCUCACCCUGGGCGCCUCCUUGGUGGCGUCGGCCGUGGGGCUGGGGGUGGCCACCGCCGGAGGAGCCAUCACCAUCACAUCGGACCUCUCCCUCAUCUUCUGCACCUCCCGGGAGGUGCGGCGGGUGCAGGAGAUCGCAGCCACCUGCCAGGACCAGAUGCGCGACAUCCUGAGCUGCCUCGAGUUCUUCUGCCGCUGGCAGGGCCGCGGGGACGUCCAGCUGCUGCAGAGCGGGAGGAACGCAUCCAUGGCCCUGUACAACUCAGUCUACUUCGUGGUCUUCUUUGGCUCCCGUGGCUUCCUCAUCCCCAGGCGCGCCGAGGGGGCCACCAAGGUGAGCCAGGCGGUGCUGAAGGCCAAGAUUCAGAAACUGGCUGAGAGCCUGGAGUCCUGCACCGGGGCCCUGGACGAGCUCAGUGAGUUGCUGGAAGUCCGGGCCCAGCUCUGCCCCAAGUCCGGCCGCGGCCACGCCCUUGGGAUCUCUGCUGCCGGCACGCAGGCUUAUUUUUCUGAGAACAUCCCUUCCUUCCCAGGACCAUGGCCAGAAACCCUCCCCGCGGGAUCCCCCAGGACAACACCAAGUUGGGUUCGGAACUGAGUGCAAAGUAUGAGAAAAACUGUGCUGGGAGUGGACGAUUCCUCAGGGCCCUUCUUCCCCAACAUCCUGCUCCCGGGGCUGGACUUGAGCCCUGGGGACGCUCCCUUGUAGAUCUUAGAGCAGUGUGUGACCCAAGACCCCUUUCCCAUGUCAAAAACCUCCUUGGUUUCACACAGUGGAGCAGCCACUCCUGUUUUAGAAUUGUUUUGGGGUCCCUACCCUGUUGCUUUAAGCUGAAGGGGGGGGGGACGGUGGGGUGGGGGGUGGCACCUACUUUGUCCUCCCAAUGCCGGGCUAGGCUUUGAGGUUCUUGGAGUGCCCCUGGGGGGACCCACACUUCUCUUCCAGAGUUUCUGAUACAAAGUUCCUGCAGACAUCCUCUGAACACUGUGGAAGGUUUAGGACCCAGUGAGGACUGGGGCUGAGGCAACCUCCCUUUCCUGUCCCCUGAGUUUACCCACUCACAGAGCAGCCAGGGUGGCUUCAGUCCAGGCCUCCAGGUACCCUGAGAGAAAAGUCACCUGAGUCGUCUAAGUCUGCAUGAAGAAGCUCAGGCCAAGACAGGUGUCAGUUACUGACAUCCCUGUUUGGAGAAGAGAGCAGUGAGUGGAGUUACAGGCUUUGAUUUCUUACAGGCUUUGGUACUGCUGUGUGACUGGCCACCGGAUCUCUCUUAGACUGGCUGGUUUUCUGUUGUAUAAGACAAAGACAUGAAGAUCUUAGCCUGUUGUACAAAUACCAAGACAAAGCAUCUAACACAGUGCCUGGCUCAUAGUGUGGUUCCUGGAUGGCUCUUUCGCAUCAACAGGGUCUUUUUAGACUGGCACAUUUUGGGACUCAGCCCUGGAUUUAUAGAAUCAGAAACCUGUGGAUGUGGGCCCAGGCAACUCCUGUUUAAACAACCCUGCCCAGGCGAUUCUGAGGCAGGAGGGUUGAGAGCCACUGGAGCAAAAGUUAAUUCCUGAUACCCUCAAUAGGCCUUAUCUGUAGGGGCUCCACGGUUUUGAGAAUCAUUCACAGAAGGUCAAGGACAGAUUGUCCCUGAAGCCUGAGAAAGAAUGUGGGCGUGUCCCUGAGCUGGCCAGUGCUUCUGGGGUAGUUUCUGCCCGUUGAACUAGGAGAUGUGACACAGGGCGCCCUUUAGAGGGCAGUGUUGCCCACUCAUUGUGGAAACUGGUACAGAAAGGAAUGUGAAUUUACCAGAAACUGACUUUUCUCUGUUACCUUCCCUGAAAGUUCCAGGCUAUCUAUUUUUAAAUUUAUUUUAAGUUUUUAAUUUAAUCACUAUUAUUUGAAUUUAAUUUUAUUUAAUCACAUUUAGAAAAUAAUAAGACCAGUGUGUUUCUGAAUAGGAGACGAAUAAGGCUCUUUUUAAGAGACGAGGUUGAGUGUGAUUUUCUAAAGUCUUUCAUCUUCAGAGGGACUUUUGCUCUAGUAUUUUAAGUGAUCUUUUCUAAGUGUAGGGGGUUCUUCACAGAGAGACCCAGGAGCUGAUUUUGAGUGUGUGAAUUGAGGCUUGACUUGUGGGCUAUAUAAUUGUUGCAGCAUAUUCAUCCAACAGGUCCUUUGUCAGAAGAUAACACGUGACCUGGGAAGAGAACUUAUUUCAUUCAGGAAGAGAAAAAUAAGAGACACAUGAAAGAAAGUCGUAGAUCUUGGGAAUCUGAUGUCCUGCAAAGUUGUGUCUUACGGGUGACAGACAAAAUAGCCCGUGUGAUGGCGAUGUUGUGUCACUUUGGGGGCUGUUAGAAACCUAUCAGCUAUGUCUAAGAAAAUAUCUAGAAUUUCCUCAAUUUCCAUCCUUUCUAGUAUAGUGUUGAAAAAUUAGUUGAAAAGUCUUUAGAACCACAGACAAAAGCCUUGUCUGUGUUACCUCUAUUUAGUAUGCUCUAUACAUUUGCCAUGUCUACCUCCACACUUCCCAGUGUUGGUUGUAUCUAAGGAAGUGUAAUUUUAGCACUGGGGAAGGGGUGGAUGUUUCUAUAUUUUUACUUUUCCCAUAAAUAGCAAUUGGUCUGUUUCCUGGUUUAUUUUUAAAUUGACACUGGCUUUCUUUUAAAAUUAGUGUUAUUCUAGACCGCUUAUGCACAGAUACUGCUGAGAAGCACCAGAACAUGUUAUGGCAAAAACAAUACAGCCCUUCCCUAACUCCAUCAUUUAUCAGUGCUUCAGUUAUGUUUCCCAAGGCUUGACAUGUUUCCUAGAAAGACAGGGUACUUCUGAAAGCAGCAGCAGCAACAGAAAACUUCCUGUGCCUUGAAUCUUUGGAGUCUAUUAAAGCUCAAAACUUCUUUAGUGGCCCACUUUACACAUAUGGAAGAGUGCCUGCUUUGGGAACCAUAGCUGCAUGUAGUAGAAACUCAGUGAAUGCACUUGAGUAAUGUAAUUAAUGACUUGACUGUAUUAAUAAGGAUUUGUUGAUAAAAGAUCUUCCAUCCUCUCAUGUGUCUGUGAUAAAAAGCGAAGCUGUUACUAGGAUUUAGUCGAAGUUCAGUUAAAUCAAUCCUAGCGACAAACAUUCUUUCUUUCAUGGGAAUGCAAAUAAGGCUUUUUCUUAAGGCCUUGAUUUUAUAAACAAAGAGACUGAAAUGGCAUGUCGUAAGGGGAGAAGGGAGAGGGGGCAUUUAGAUUAUAAAUGUACUUUACAAAAAUGUCAGGGUUUGAAAAAUACACGUGUUCAUACUAAAUCUUGAAGUUCUCUGUUCAUUCCUUGGGUUUGUAGUCAGUCAUUUGGAUUCCUUUGUUUCACAAUAAAGGAGACUCAUUUAUUUCUGCAUUUCAAGGAUUUAAUAAAACUGCAUUCUGCUCCAUUAAAGAAUAAGCCUUAGCAAACAUUCUGCUUUGAGCCACUUGCCAGCAGACACCUGUCAUUCCUGAUAUGGUAAAUGUCAAAACUGAAAGUAUUUACUGGGAGAAAUAAGAGAGAGAGA